AUGUCUAACUCCGAUGAGCCUACUCCUGACAGCAUUAGAGUGCCACGGCAGGAUCCAGACGACAAGAGGGUGGCGCCUGUCGCUCAGCAUCGAGAGGACGCUGCCCUCCGCGACAUUCUGCAGAUGGAAGACACGUCUGCUUCCUCUGAUCGCAGCCAGGAAGACAGCGGUAGGAAGCGUCGCCGCGAAAAGCCCCAACCUAUCGACACUGAUCUUAGGGCACGCGGUGGCACUGAGAAGCGGCGCCGCAACGACCAAGAGUCCACUCUCCCGUACAAAAGGAACAGGCCCGGUAUCGAGGCCGACGUGAUGGGCUCUUUCGUCGAUAUGCUGGGUUCCUUAUCGCCCAGGUUGAUCACGGCCUGUCGCCCAGACCUCUAUAUAGCGGCCAGACAUGCCGAGGCCACCAAUGCCUUGCUCAAGGACCUCUACUACACCGGAAACGUGACCCUCGAAACCCUGAGGCAGUCGGCCCCGAGCCUCGCUAUCACCACUCUGACGGCCGACCUCGACAUCCUGACCAAGAAUCUGGCUGACUCGUCCGCUCUUGCCCAGAGGUACAUUCAGCAGGCCUCGGCUCGAGCCGGCUACUAUCCGUCAGCCUCGAACGGCAUAUCCGAGGCUACCACCAUCUCUGACGACUUUGUCCGCAUGACCAAGCUCAUGACAGACUCGCUCAGCAAGGUCGCCACUCUGCAUAAGAUCACGGCGGAUAUUUGUAAAGUGCAGGCACAGGCCAGGUGCGUCGAGAACUUUGUUGCCUACAUUGGCAAAGCUGGCGCCGAGCAUGACAAGAAGCUUUAUGAUAUGCAACAGGCGGAGUGGACCGAGCUAGGUCCCGGGUGCUCCUAG